UCGAGGACACUCGCGCAUCGACUCAAUGGCGAGGAACAAGACUCGGUUGCUCAUCCCUCGCGUUUGUCUCCGUCGUUUCCUCCUCGUGCUCUUGGCACUGUUGGUGGCGUCGUCGGAGGGUGGGAAGAAGAGAGUAAGCAUCCCGGACGAGCUCGACGACGUGGUGGACGAGGAGGAGGACGAGGAGUGGAAACGGUGGGGCCAGAAGACGACGAAGCCCGACCUCCCCCCGCCUCCCGACUUCUCGCGGAUGAGCCCCUUGGAGAUCCAGGCCGAGAUGAUGAAGCGCCACACUGGCCCCUCCCUCGGCUUCGUGAAGCUUCGGCCGGGUGUUCCCCGCUCCAGGGAAGAUGUACCUGCCAUUGCUAUGCGAUGGAGCAAGGUUCUAAGAACUGGAUCUGUUGGGGUCAAGUUCAUGGCUGUUGACCUGAACACCAUCAUGUUUACAAUGGAAAGAGGCCAAGAUUUGGAAGAGUUGAAAGAGUUUGUUCUGAGUCAGCCAGAAGCAUAUGAGAUUAAGAUUGGGCAACAAUUGUAUCGAAGACCUGGUGAUCCACCGCUCGAUGAAGUUGUUGAGAGUCUACAUAAAAAGAAGACUAGUGCCAAUGCCCAUGAAAUUGGCAGAGAUUCACAUACUUUGAGUGACGAGCUGUGAAAUCAUAACAUCAGCCUUCUUUACGCUUCACAAAAAUGUAGGAUGUGUGACCUUUUCUUUUCAGAUGCACUUAUUUGCUUUCCUUUUUUUUUUCCCCUUUUUUUUUCAUGUUUGUACAUUGAUAGCUCUGGAAAUCCCAACAAUAGAAGCUGAGCUGGGGCUUCCAUUGGUUAGCUUCUGUACUGGUGCCGAACAUUUGUUCUGAUACAAGCAAUGGGAUGCUUUAAAUAUAUGGAUGGUUUGCCUGCUUCUUCAGAAA